AUGAAGGCAAUUCUAGCUUUGUUGUUUCUCGCAGCAAUUUCCGUCCUUGUUCAAGCAGAAUGGGCGUCGGAAUUCCACCCUCAGGCCAUGUUGGAGUACGUCAGGGGAGAAGACCAUGAAAUGAAGAGGCAGCUUUACCAUUUGGUGAAGAUGGACAAUGGCUUCGAGACAAGCUUCAAGCGCGAGUUUCAGCCGAGCAUCAGGCCAAGCAUUAAACCAGGCUUGUUAAGAGUAAGUAUAGAAUCACACCCAACACAGUGGUCAAACGUCGGGCAUGAGUUAAGAGAUCAAUUUUUGCCAGCUGCGCGCCAAUUUCACGCCAAAUAUUUCAUUGAAAAAUGUUAUAAACAACUCCUAACAGGCAAGAUUUGUGAAAAUAAAUUGAAAUCAUAGAAACUUAGGUAAAAAAAGACAAAAAUACGGAAAACGAAAACUCUACCCUUCUCUUUAUACGGUUUUAAAACAAGUCACUGGCUUAAGCGUUCGUUUAAACCUCGACAUGACUACAUAAGACUUAGUUCUAGCAGUCUGACAGCAGCUAUUACAACUUUCGCAGCUGCGCAAAUGUUUGACGUAUGUGUUAUCGCGGCUAUGAAGAGAGGAUGAGGUAAGCUCAAAUAAAAAGUAGGCAAAGAUAGAUGUUCAAUUCGUUUAUUGUGAGAUUGAAACAAAGAGAACCAAGCCUGUCCCAGACAGUCAGUUUAGGGCACGAGCCAAAACGAGUGGCGGUUCGCGAGAGAUUAAUGUGAGUUAAGAGUAUGGCAAAACGUACAAAGAGAUCUGAGUUCCCGAUUUCGACCGAUCUGCGAUCCAGUACUACGCCACAGAAUGCUCGAAGAGAUGAGGUUGUUCCCUUAAAUUACAUUCACUUGAUCUAAUUUUGAUUAAUUUUGUUGGAUUGAAGUGUGUUGUGCAGUUCAAGAGUUGUAAGAAUGCAGCAAACAGCGCCUGUGAGGAAUUGGGAUGUCUCAAGCAAUUUGGCUUGUGUCUCAAAAGUGCAGACUACGAACCUUCCGAGGAAGAGGUACGUUCUUGUUCCUUUUUAUAUUUUUCUUUCACUCUCUCGUUAAUUUUCCCUCUCUUUACCCGGUUCUUGAAACAUUGCAAGGAAACAGAGAUUCAAGCGGGUUAGUGUUGGGAGUUAUUUCCAAAUUGAGUCUGUUUACAAGUUUUUCUCGCGUUCUCCCAACUUCCAGCGUGAGAUCACGUUGUAAAAACCCUGAAAAACAUUCCCUGUUGCUUAAUAAGAUGUUUAACUCUUUGCUUGUCUUUAACUUCAAUUCCCUGCCCUCCCCUCCCUUAAUAUCAUUUCAGUUAUUUCAAAGGCCCUUACUAGGGUCACUCAAUUUUCAAGAUCCCCUCAUUUUCAUACCCAGGAGGCAAACCACUCUUUCCCCCCUCCAAACCCAGCGAUAAUCAAUGAAUGGUCUCCCACUGAUGUAGAUCCAGAUUAGUAAAAACUUAGAAUGUUAACUUUUCUCUAUGAUUGGUCCUUAAAAAUCGUGCCAUCCUCUCAACCAAUCAGAUGCAAAACUAAAGCAAAAGCGACUUGGUCAAUGGCGAUUUUCUGCGCUUAAAGCGGUUUGCUUUUUUUCACUUUGAGUCUAGUCAUUGGUUAAUCAUAAUGUAAACCUUCGCUCUGAUUGAUCCCUUAUAUUAUUUUGUUUUCAAUUUUCGAUGCUAUUUAUGCUAGUAAAUACAUUGAGGGCUGACUAUUUUCUAUUCUGCUUCGUCCUAUACAGAAAAAGUGUUUUCCCAUCAUCCCUUGUUGUAUGAUGAUCAGCAAAUCGUGCGAGGAAAAGCUUUGCUGUGUGACACGAUUUGGGGAAUGCGUAUACAAAUUGCACAUUGGAAAAUUGCAGUAAAGAAAAACGACCCCUUGUCUUGGAAACAGGAAAAAUCUAACAAAGCCUGCAAAUUAAUUGUAGUUUAUAUCGAUAUCAUGUUGCCAUCAUGUAACAAGUGUAACAUUAAAAGAGCCUGAUUGUUAUAAAAAUGUGUCAUUAUGAAUGAUUUAUGGGAUUCCUAGUUCGUUCUGGGUGAGAUAGUAGCUCUCUGGACAGAAGUAUUAAGCGAAAACAACCUUAAAAUGUGUCAGAGCUCAAAAGUCUGAGGCUACGUAAAGUAGUUAAGUCACGUUUAUUGAGUUUUUCAUUUGCUGAGUUAUCGGUUCUCGACGCGGAGAUUUUCUGUUUAUCC